GCAUAAGCAAAUUUCAAGAGUUGUUGGUCAUUUUGUCCGUAUCAUUAACAAAACGAUCAGAAAUAUGCUAAGGUUGCUUGGACAGAAGUAUGUUGCCCUAAGAGAGAAGGAGGUUUGGGGAUCAGAAGCUUGAAAGAAGUUAAUAAAGUUUAUGGUCUUAAGCUGAUAUGGAGAAUGCUAACAGGAUCAUCUCUCUAGGGGAAGUGGAUUAGAGUAAAUUUGCUAAAAGGAAGAAGUUUUUGGGAAGUCAACUUGAAGAUGCAGACUGGUUCUUGGAUGUGGCAUAAAAUGCUUAAGUUGAGAAGUGUUGCAAAGCUGUUUUACAAGGUCGAAGUAGGUAAUGGGAGGCAUACUUCUUUCUGGUAUGAUAAUUGGUCUAGACAAGGAGUUCUCAUAGACUUAUUGGGUGAUAGAGGAUUCAUUGAUAUGGGAGUGAGAAAGAAUGCAACGGUAGAGGAUGCUGUGUUAUAUGGUAGAAGGAGAAGUAAUCCAAGUCUUGAAGGGAUUGACAGGAGUCUAUGGAGGAGAGAUUCGGGUUACAAGUUGGAGUUUUCUACUCAGGAAACUUGGCAUUUUUUGAGAGACAAGAAACCUCUAUGUAGCUGGGCGCCUGGUAUCUGGUUUUCGCAAGCGACUCCGAAGUUUGCGUUUAUGGCGUGGCUCUCUGUUCGUGAGAGGAUGUCGACCAUGGACAGAGUGGUGAAGUGGAGUAGGGGGAGUAAUGAUAUGUGUGUUCUCUGUCAUAAUGCUCAGGAAUCGAGGAACCAUCUGUUCUUUGAGUGUGAUUUAUUUGCUCAGGUAUGGGAGUUCAUAGCCAAAGGAUUGUUGCGCCAGUCUUUCACUGUAGUUUGGUCAGAGAUAAUAACCAUUAUAUCUGAUAAAACUAGAGAGAAGAAGAGUUUACUUUGUAUCAGAUACGUCUUCCAAGCUGUUCUAUAUGCUUUGUGGAGAGAAAAGCUGAAGCAUGGGGAGAAGAUGAUGCCAUUACCAGCUUUAAAAAAGGUGAUUGAGAAGGGAAUCAGAAAUACAAUUACGUUGGUGCAGAAAAAAGGAGGGAGAGGAAUGGAGAUGCUAAUGCAAUUUUGGUUUCAAACAAGAAUGUAAUUAGCUUAUAGUUUUAUCUUUUGAGUUCUAGUAUGCAAUUUACUUUGCAAAAAAGUAUGCACUAGUUGUAAUAAGUUUUUUUUGGUGAAU